AUGGCCUUCCUCGAAUGGGCCAUCCACGAGACCAGCCUCCACUCGCUGGUCAACGCCGGCUCAAGAGACAUUUACCUCAUCCUGUUUUUACGAUUCCUACGCAUGUUCGCAUACGGCGGCGCUGCUCUGGUCGUCGGCAUAUUCCUGUACAGCAUUGGCAACGAUGGGAAACAGCUAGCAAUGUUCCUCAGCAUGACACUCCUAGGCGACGCAGUGAUCAGCUACUUCCUUACCGUCAAAGCGGACAGGAUCGGUAGACGCAGAGUCCUGGUGGUCGGAUCCUUGCUCAUGACUGCAGCUGGGGUGGUCUUUGCUAUAAGCACGAACUAUUACUUGCUGCUUUUUGCGGCGAUCGUGGGCGUCAUUAGCCCGGGUGCACACGAGGUCGGGCCCUUUCGCGCGGUCCAGGAAUCUAUUCUCGCGCAGCUGACCCCGAUAGAGGCUCGUACGGACGUCUAUGCGUGGUUCAGCGUGAUGAGUACCGUCGGGAUGGCCACAGGACUUUUCUCCGCUGGCUGGAUCACUCACUUCGUCCGAAACCGCUACGAAUGGGACUGGAAAGACCCGAGGGUUUACCCCUAUGUCUUCGCAGUGUACGCUAUCGUUGGGCUGAUCAAGGCCUGCGUGACUCUGCUCCUGACACAAAAGUGUGAGCCGGAUGAAUUCGCUCGACGAGAACUGGACCUGGCUGAUCGUGAGGCCACCGCACCUUUGCUGAAUGAUGGAUACCGUAGGACACACCGUCGUGGUGUCUCCGGGAAAGCGACUGGCGCGGUUCGUGGCAUCUGGCGGACUCUCACGACCACUUUGUCAGCUGACAGCCGUCGUAUCCUUGUUCGAUUGUGCGUGCUGUUUGCUGUCAACUCGGUUGCGGCCGGAAUGUUACCUGUGACGGUCGUCAGCUGGUACCUCAACUGGAGAUUCAGCUGGUUCGUGCUGUACCGGGUGGGCUAUGCAAUGGCUGGCAUCUGGAUCUUGGCCAGUAUCGCCAACCUCUUCUCUGCGUCAGUUGCGCGGCGUGUUGGGCUCGUGCGAGCGAUGGUCUUUACCCACUUGCCUAGUGCGAUCUUCCUCGCCUUUAUCCCCCUUGCGGAAGACUGGAAGCUCGUAUUCAUGUUGCUGCUUGCAUCCUCGGUCUUCGCCAGCAUGGAUCAAGCCCCUCGCACGGCUUUCGUGGCGGCUUGUUUUUCAUCCUCAGAGCGGACAGCCGUCAUGGGCACCAUCAAUCUCGUCCGGACCGUUGCAUCAAUAGGAGGACCAAUACUGGCAGGGUACUUUCACGAUAGGGAUUUGUGGCGGAUUACCUUUCUGUUGGCAGCUGCACUCAAAGUCUUGUACGACGUCGGUCUCCUUGUGAUGUUCCUGAAGACGAAGUUGCCGGAGUACGAGAACGGGCCGCGAGAGGUCACUGUGACAGACGUUGAUGUCGACAUCUUGCUGUCUGACAGUGAGACUUUCCAGCGUCCUCCUUACGACAGCCUUGAAGCUGAGGAUAUGGAGGAGGACGACGCCGCAAGCUUGAACAAGGCAACAACCGAGAGAGUUGAGUCUGUUGGAUAG